GAGGUGCAGAAGCCUAGCGGCGGGGAGCCGGGCCACGGAGGAGGAGCUUCUGAAAGACUCCCUCCGCCGGCGGGCAGCGUAGGCAGAGGUUUCAUACACUUGAAGAGAAUGUCAAGACGCAGUAGCCGUUUGCAAGCUAAGCAGCAGUCCCAGGCCAGCCAGACUGAUUCCCCCCAAGAGGCCCAGAUAAUUCAGGCCAAGAAGAGAAAAACAGCCCAGGAUGUCAAAAAAAGAAAAGAGGAGAAGGUCGCCAAGAAACAACAGUAUGAGAUUAGGAACUGUUGGCCACCUGUAUUAUCUGGGGGGAUCAGUCCUUGCAUUAUCAUUGAAACACCCCACAAAGAAAUAGGAACAAGUGACUUCUCCAGAUUUACAAAUUACAGAUUUAAAAAUCUUUUUAUUGAUCCUUCACCUUUGCCUGAUUUAAGCUGGGGAUGUUCAAAGGAUGUUUGGCUAAACAUGUUAAAGAAAGAGAGCCGGUAUGUUCAUGACAAACAUUUUCAAGUUCUGCAUUCUGACCUGGAACCACAGAUGAGGUCCAUACUUCUAGACUGGCUUUUAGAGGUAUGUGAAGUAUACACACUUCAUAGAGAAACAUUUUAUCUUGCACAAGACUUUUUUGAUAGGUUUAUGUUGACACAAAAGGAUAUAAAUAAAAAUAUGCUUCAACUCAUUGGAAUUACCUCAUUAUUCAUUGCUUCCAAACUUGAGGAAAUCUAUGCUCCUAAGCUCCAAGAGUUUGCUUAUGUCACUGAUGGUGCUUGCAGUGAAGAGGAUAUCUUAAGGAUGGAACUCAUUAUAUUAAAGGCUUUAAAAUGGGAACUUUGUCCUGUAACAGUCAUCUCCUGGCUAAAUCUCUUCCUACAAGUUGAUGCUCUUAAAGAUGCUCCAAAAGUUCUUCUACCUCAGUAUUCUCAGGAAAAGUUCAUUCAGAUAGCUCAGCUUUUAGAUCUGUGUAUUCUCGCCAUUGAUUCAUUAGAGUUCCACUACAGAAUACUGGCUGCUGCUGCCUUGUGCCAUUUUACCUCUAUUGAUGUCGUUAAGAAAGCCUCAGGUUUGGAAUGGGACAGCAUUUCUGAAUGUGUAGACUGGAUGGUGCCUUUUGUCAAUGUAGUUAAAAGUACUAGUCCAGUGAAGCUGAAAAUUUUUAAGAAGAUUUCUAUGGAAGACAGACACAAUAUCCAGACACAUACAAAUUAUCUGGCUAUGCUGGAUGAAGUAAAUUACAUAAACACCUUCAGGAAGGUGGGACAGUUGUCACCAGUGUGCAGUGGAGGUAUUAUGACACCACCGAAGAGCACUGAAAAACCACCGGGAAAACAUAAAGAAGCUAACUAAUCAGACAAGUAUUGACUGAGUACUGGGGAGAAUGUCAUAAAAAUGAACUACUAAAUUUUACAGGAAAAUACUGCUGACUCUCCUAGCCAAUUCAGAAAUUUCACUGCCAUUCUUUGAUUGAAAAAACUACUUAAAGUUGGCACUACGGGAGAAAUGUGUUCCAUUCCUAUGUUAGCGGUGUAAAGCAACAGCAGGACUUGUUUACAAAGAUGACUUCAUUCCCAAGGUGACUAGACAGAAGCCAGCCACAACUUAUGCUAUAAAAAUAUUUUGACCCAGUGUUACUACAUUUAUCUUGAUCAACCAGGAAUUUUCAUUCAAGUUCUGGACAAGUGCUACCUUAAAGGGUACAUUAAGUGAUAGAGUACUUGAAUCUAGUUUUUAGAUUCCCAAAAUUGAUAUACUAUUGCUUAGUGCAAUUUGGUUCUUGAAAAUAAAAUUUAAAUGUUUACAAAAGUUUAGUUUUGUAAUAAGGUGACUAAUUUAUCCAUAGCUGCUAUAGCAAGCUAUUAUAAAACUUGAAUUUUUACAAAUGGUAAACUUUAAUCUGUUUUUUAACUAGAGUAUUUGCCUUACCAUAACGUAUUUAACCUGUAAGGCUUAGAAGAACAUGGUGUUUAAACUGUGCUCUAAACAGUGGGAAUACCAAAGAAAUUAUACAUGUUGUGGCUCCUACUUGGGUCUUUGACAUACAGGUUGCUUUACAGUAACUUUUUUGUAUAUCACAAUUUGAGUGAAAAAAACCUUAAGUCCCCUUUGAAACUAUUUAUAUGAGAAAGUCACUUUAUUACUCUAAGGCAUCCCUAAGGAUUUUUAAAAAACUUUAGUGUGACUAAGGCUUUAUUUAUGUUUGCAAAACUGUUAAGGUCCUUUUGGAAUUUCCACAUGAGUUAAGGACAGUGUCAAAGUGAUAAAGCUUAACACCUGACCUAAACUUCUAUUAACGUGGAAAAGUAUUAAAUGUGUAACUCCCAGCAACCUAUUUAUUUAAAAAAACAAAAGCAAAAUAAACUUCACAUAACAACUUGCUACAUAUAGAAUACCUAAUUCUACAUAAAUGUUUUUUAAAUGAAAUUUCAGCCUCAGAAGUGAAUUAGAAAACAAAUUAUACUAGAUUGUUAGUUUAU